CAAGGAAUAAAAACCCUCCCAGUGCCAGGAGAAAGCAAAAAGUCAUGAUGGCUUUCUAUUGGCAACGAGCAGUGGUUUUGAGCCUGGCCGUGGUCAUGUUGGUCAAUGCAGACAUGAAGCUGGACUGUAGGCCUGACGCUGUGACGGUGGUGUGGACUAAGGGCAAAUCCCAGGCUGAUACCUCGCUCUUCCGUCUGGGAAGCUGCUUCCCCACCAGCUUCUCGGCCACCAAGGCAGUUUUCAGAGUGGAUUUCAAUGACUGUAGCUUCAGAAGACUUGUAACUGGUGAUUACUUGAUGUACACCAAUGACCUAACCUACGGUUCUUCUUCUGACUCUCAAUCUCUGGCCUUCACUCAUCCUGUUGUCUGUACAUUUGAAAGGCCUAAAGACUGGUACCCUAUGAUUUAUGACCCUGUGUUCAGUACACAUGGUGUGGGACAUCUUGUGUUCCACAUUGGACUCAUGAAUGAUGACUUCUCAGGCCCUGCUGAGUCUACUACCUUUGCUCUGGGAUCCUUCAUCCCGAUCAUGGCCAGCGUGUCACAGAAAACCCAUCAGCCAUUGCUUCUGUUUCUUGAGGAAUGCGUCGCAGCGACCACACGGGAGCUGCAGCCUGACAGCCCUGUGUACCCCAUAAUCGCCAAUAAGGGAUGCCUCGUGGACAGCAGGAUGUCUGGCUCAAAAUUUGAACCAAGACAGAAAUCAUCAGAGCUCCACCUAUCCCUUCAGGCCUUUAGGUUUGGUCUUGGUGAAGAGGUGUUCAUCCACUGUAAGCUUGUGGCUUGGGACACAAACGGUCUUGACAGCACCAAGAAGGCCUGCCACUAUGUCAAAGAGCAUGGCUGGGAGCUGCUGGACAACUAUGCCUACAGCACUCUCUGUGACUGCUGUGACUCGGACUGCAAGUCCAGGACGACCAGGAGUAUACAAUCCGGGACUCGUGGUGUGGCUCAAAAAGCAGUCCUUGGACCCCUUACCCUUACUGAUGAGACUUCUUAAUGAUUUUUUUUUUUUUUUUUUAAAGGUAGCUUUCCUUUAGUUUGUGCUUGACCAUUUAUCCUUUUUACAAUCUGAAUCUCUUGUCUUCAACAGGAAUGGCUCAAUGUUGCAAUUUAUAUCUGAAUUUUGUUGGGAUUCUGGAGCUUCUCAAAGUGUAUUUUUGUUUCCCUUGGAUUACAGAUGUAUGAAGCAUUAAAGAUUUAAACUUGCCUAAAGCGCACUUGGGUUAUUUGCUUACUUGUCUUUAGUGUUUCCUUGUAGGUAGCUUUUUUUUUUUUUUUUUUUUU